AUGUUGCGACUGGAGAUGGCUAUGGCCUUGAUCAUCGAGGUCUUCACCCCAUGCAUGGGCACAGAUGGCACCGUGCAGAGCCUGAACAAGUGGGAGAUGAAGGUGCUCCUGGAGAAGAAGCUGUUGGGCUUCCUGCAGAGUGGAAGGGACAAGGAGGCCAUGGACAAACUGCCCAGGGACCUGGAUGCUGAUGGAGAUACCAUGGUAGACUUCAACAAGUUCAUAGAGUUUGUGGCUGCCAUCACAACCGUUUGUCACUCGUGCUUCCAGCAGAAGGGACUCAACUGA